AGUACGACAUCUACUGUUUCUUACGAAGUAUUACAUACUGCUGCUACAUUAAAAAAUCUUGUGGUAUAUUGACAGCGUAUACGGCAAAGCAAGGACAUUUUAUGUUUUGGUAACAAUUAUUUGUUACUUUUGAUUAAAGGUUUCGUCAAAAUGGAACACAAAUUACUGGAAAGGAUAAAAAGACUUGGAUAUAAUGGACAGUUGGCGGAGUCUAGAAAAUUUAAAGAAGCUUUAAAACAAGGUUCAAAAUCGCCCGAAUUUACAAAGCUUGUAGCUUGGUUAGCAGAUGAGCUUGCAAUACUCAAUAAUAUGGAUGAAAGUAUUCAUGAAAUAUCAUCAUCAGAUGAUUCUAGUUCCUUCUUAUUAGAGUUAAGCUGUUUCCUUAAGGAAUUAGGAUGUAUGAAUGAGAGAUUAAUGACUGGUAAUGUUAAUUCAAGAUUGGCAACUGAACAAGAUAGAUAUAUCUUAUUAGAUUUUUUGGGAGUAGAAUUACAAACUAGCAGAUUAUUAGAAUUUAAAAAGCAAAAGAAUUCAACUUCCAUGGUUGUUCUAGAGAGUAGCACAGCUAAAAACCUUAAAGAUCUGUUAAUAGCUUUAAAUUUUGAGAAGCCACCAUAUGAUAUUACUUGUGAAAAGCUUUUUACAAGACUAGAAAAUAAAUUGACUGAAGUAUUAAAAACAGCUCCCCCUGAGCUUGUAGGACAACCAUUAAUUACUCAUGAAUUCUCAGAAGGAGAUUGGAAAGAUCUUCAACGUAUACAACAAGAGUUACAUGAUGAGUAUAGAAUGCGCCGUGAUAUGUUGCUUAAAAGACUUGAUGUAACAGUACAAUCUUUCCUAUGGUCGGAUAGAAUGAAAGCUAAAGAGACUGAAUUAAAUAGGCGAUAUGAAGAAAUUAGAAAAUUUCUAAGUGCUGAACCAGAUAUUACAUUUGCUGAUUUAUUAGCAACAAGAGAUGAUAUUGCAUUAAUGGAAAAAACAAGCAAUGCAAGUGUUAGGAAAAAUACUCGAAGUGAAAUUAAUAGUGUUAUUAUAGGUGAAGUGCCAGACAGGGGUGGAAGACCAUAUGAACAAGAACCACCACCACCUGAGAUGCCGCCCUGGCAAAAAGAUAGGGUACCAGGACCUUCAACGUCUGGAGGAGGUCGAGGGGGUGGUAGAGGUGGUGGCCGUGGAGGUGGAGGGGGUUUUCAGAGUUCUAAUGUAACUUACACCAAUGAUAAUAGAAGUUCAUAUAGCGGUAAUAUUGGAUAUGGAGACAGUGGAUUCCAAGGUUCCAACUUUUCCCCUAACAGUGGUGGAUAUGGUGGACAAGGACAUGGAGGAAAACAAGGAGGGGGGUAUGGAAGUGGAUAUGCAGGACAAGGAGGUAGUGGAUAUAGAGGACAAGGAGGUGAAUAUGGAGGAGGACAAGGAGGUGGAUAUGGAGGACAAGGAGGUGGAUAUGGAGGACAAGGAGGUGGAUAUGGAGGACAAGGAGGUGGAUAUGGAGGACAAGGAGGUGGGUAUGGAGGAGGGCGAGGAGGUGGAUAUGGUAGUGGGCAAGGAGGUGGAUAUGGAGGUGGACAAGGAGGUGGAUACAGUGGAGGACAAGGAGGUGGAUACAGUGGAGGACAAGGAGGUGGAUAUAGAGGAGGACAAGGAGGUGGAUAUGGUGGAGGGCAAGGAGGUGGAUAUGGAGGAGGGCAAGGAAGUGUAUAUGGAGGAAGGCAAGGAAGCAGUUACGGAGAAAGUCAUAGAGGGAGUUAUGGAGGAGGAUAUGGAAAUGGUGGAAAUAACUCUUAUAGUGGAAACAACAGAGAUGGAGGCAAUUCAGGUCCUAUAUUACAGUCCGAAUAUAAAGGUGGACAACAGUAUCAAAGAGGAGGUUCUGGUAAUAGAGGAAGAGGAGGUAGAGUUCAGGGAGGAUGGAAUCAAGGUGGAAGCAAUUCCGGAUUAGAUAACUAUCAACGUGGUGGCUAUAAUCGUGGCGGAGGACGAAGAGGACGACAAUACUAAAAUAUUUUAUGUAAAAUAUUAUUCUUAUGAUUGUAAUAUUAAUAGUAAAAAAUAUUUACAUCACAGAGCAUAAUAAUUAAUAUCAAUGGAUUUCUAUUUAACAAACAAAUGCUUAAUAAUUUA